GAAUGAGGAAGUAAAAACCCAUACUGCAGACAUCCCCAUUAUACUGAACACUUACUGGAAGGGAAAUGAUGUGCACAUGUGAGAGACGGACAGACAAAAUCUCAGCAAGUAUGGCAACGAAAUUGGAGACGUUCCAGCAAAAAGUAUCUAAAUCUAAAAUAACUUUUGAAUACCUACACUGCGCUGAGCACAGCCUCGUGUUUAUGUGCAAGUUACCCACCACGGAGGGACAUCAGGUUGCAAGGGAACAAGAAGAUGUAGAAGUGAAACUCCCAGCCCAGUGCACUGUAGAGCAGCUUCGCCUGGUGCUUUGCAUGCGUGUACAGGAAACCAGGAAAUUCCCAGAUCCAUUCAGGCUUCUCGAUCCUGAAAAGUAUAGUCUAUUGUACACAAAGGGUGAAGAUCAGUAUGAAAUUUAUGAUGACUGUCAGGUGCUGAAAACACUCGAUGCACCCUGGUUUCAAAACAGUGAGGGAUACCAGACAGUCCAGAUUACAGUAUUGGCAAAGCAGGAUAACUCAGAGGUGAGGAUGGAAUACCAGCAGAUUCUAAAUGAACUAAUUGGUUAUGAUUUUGACUGUGCAGCAGGUAAUCGUUUAAGUGAGCUGAGUUUCACUCGCAGAAAGUUUGCCACACCACGUAAGGAAGAAUUAAAAGACCGGGAUCCUGUGGCUUACGCUACAGAGCCCUGGACAACUUCUGCACCAAUUCCAAAAGACCAGCAAGAUCAACUCAAAUGCAAGCUACCAGUAAUUAUACAUUAUGAUAAUAUGAGUGUACCUGUUAAGGCUGAUUUGUUUAAUACUCCUGAUGACCUCCUUAUGAUUCUCUCGGAAUCAAUGCCUUCAAAACCCCAAGGCUUUUAUAAAAGGUCAGCUAAUUAUGUUCUCAAAGUCUGUGGCAGAGAGGAAUUCCUGUGUGGAGAUUUUCAACUUUCAGACUUUCUUUGGGUCCGACACUGCCUGAAAAAUGUGAAGGAGCUUCACCUCAAGUUGGUUGCCAUAGCCUCACUUCCAGAAGAUGCUGUAAGACAGGAAUACUGGCCCCAGGUGGACAGUCUUACAGGUCUCUCUAGUUCCCAUGAAGAAAUCUCAUUUGAGGGGAAAGAAAUAGAAGAAAUUGUAAUGAUAUCCCUUUGGGAUUGUGAGAGGAACUUACGGGUGAAGCUCCUUGGGUUUGAUAUUCCUGAAUUGCCAAGCAAAUCCCCGCAAUAUGUUUAUGUAGAGGCUUCAAUUAUUUAUGGCAGGAAGGUGGUAUCGUCAGUUUGUUCCUCAUCAAAAGAAUUUGCAGAAGAGGUCUUGUGGAACACCUGGCUGGAGUUUGAUAUUCCUCUGAAAGAUAUCCCUCGUGAAGCUAAACUAGGUUUCACAAUUAAUGUCAGCAGCAUUGAUACAUCCCCCAGUAAAGAAUCCAAGUCCUCUUACCCUGGACACAAAGUUCUAGAUUACCAAAAAGGAAAAGGGAAAGUAUUAUAUUUUGUAAACCUUCAGUUGAUUGACCACAGAUCUCUCCUAAGCCAAGGGUCCCACACGCUGCAUAUGUGGUCCUUCCCAGAACAGGAAGAAGAAGCAUUCACCUAUGAGGCAGAUAAACUCUCUACUGCCACCAACCCUGAUGUGACCAAAUCCAUGGCAAUCACAUUUCUACUGGAUCGCUACAGCUUCUCUGUUGUGCUACCCCAUAGCAGGGUGUCAUCCAACAUCACACCUUCUACUGUAAUAUCUACUUCAACCAAUCCCAGGUCAGCUCUUUGUGUAACUGGAUCCAGCCAAUCCUUGCCAGGCCAUAUGGCUUCACAAACAAACUCUUUAGACAAGCAAAGCUUAAAAAGGUUUAGGGAAGAGAGUGUUCGUUAUGCUUCAAACCUUCCUCAGUUCCUCCGCAUGGUAGACUGGUUUAAACCCAGUGCUGUCCAGGAUGUUCACUGGCUACUGAAUCACUGGGAGCCUAGUGACAUGGAACUGUCUGUUGCUUUGGAGCUGCUUAGUGUUGAUUACACAGAUGAGAAGGUUCGAAAGUUGGCUGUCCAAAGAUUGAAGAUGAUGUCCAAUGAGGAGGUUCUAAGAUACCUACUGCAGCUAGUACAGACCCUCAAGGUAGAACCAUACCAUGACAGCUAUCUGGCAAGAUUCUUAAUUCAAAGGGCACUCAGGAGCAAGCAAGUAGGACACUUCUUCUUCUGGUACUUGAGGAGUGAGGUGGCAGGUUGCCCAUUUUUCCGCCAGCGUAUGGCAGUCAUAUUGGAAGCGUACCUCUUGGGCUGUGGUGAGGCUAUGCUGACAAGUUUCCAGCAUCAGGUUCAAGUUGUCAAGAUCCUACAUGAAGUGGCUGUCAGGGUGAAAACACUGUAUCCAGAAAAAAGCACUCUUCCACCAUUAGCUGCUCAGAAACUUCAAGAAAUACUGCAGGAGUAUCAUUUCCCUCCUGAAUUCCAGGUGCCUUUUAAUCCAAGGAUCAGGGCAGGUGCAAUUCUCCUGAAGGAAUGUAAAGUGAUGGCUUCUAAAAAGAAACCCCUCUGGCUUGAGUUCUCCCAUGUGGAGUCAGAGGCACCAGCUGGUUGUCCAGUGGGCAUCAUCUUUAAGCAAGGCGAUGACCUCAGACAAGACAUGCUCAUCAUUCAGACAUUGAUGGUGAUGGACUCAAUUUGGCAGGAAAACUGCUUCGAUCUCAACCUGAUACCCUAUGGCUGUAUCUCAACAGGAUAUCAAAUAGGUAUGAUUGAGAUUGUGAGAGAGGCUGUUACCAUCGCUGCUAUUCAGAGGAUUCAAGGGGGGACAACAGGAGCAUUCAAAAACAAUGCCCUGUUUGAAUGGCUCAAGGGAAUGUGUCCCCUACAGGAGAUGCACUAUCAAGCAAUGGAGAAGUUUGUCACUUCCUGUGCUGGUUACUGUGUGGCCACAUACGUGUUGGGCAUUGGUGAUCGGCACAAUGACAAUAUCAUGAUAACAAACAAAGGGAAUCUGUUCCACAUUGAUUUUGGGCACAUCCUGGGCAAUACCAAGAGCUUCCUGGGUGUGAGCAGAGAGAGGGUCCCUUUUGUCCUCACGCCCGACUUUCUGUAUGUUAUGGGUAGAGUGAAUAAACAUUCAAGCCUCUACUUCCAGAGGUUUAAGGACACUUGCAUACAGGCCUACUUGUUACUGCGCUCUCAGUCCCGCCUGCUGGUCACCCUCUUCUCCCUCAUGCUACUGACGGGAAUCCCUGAGCUCAGCACGGCGCAGGAUAUGCGCUACCUACGUAAUGCCCUACAGCAAGACCAGAACGAGGAAGAGGCACGGCAACACUUCCUGCAGCAGAUUGCUUUGUGUGAGCAAAAGGGCUGGACUGUUCAGGCUAAUUGGUGGAUCCACUUGAUGGCUGGCAUCAAGUAAACCAAAGGAGCAAUCGAUGAGACUUGAUGUCUGAUUAUUUUUUCUUUUGAAUUGCAUAGUACAUUUAGUGGUUUACUUUGGCUUGUGUUGUUCAGUGUAGCUAAUAAGUGUCAUGCAAAAUGCCAAAUAGUACUAAUUAAUAAACGAGUGUUUAUAUACAGUACAAUUCAUUACAGAUAUUUUCAGAAAAAAAUAUAAAUAAGUGCAUAUACACCAUCAUGUCAACCUCAUAUUAUUCUUAUUCGCCAAACAAUAGUAAUUCUACAGAUUUGUGGGAGCAAUGAUUGAGACUCAGUUAAACAGACAUACUCUUUCAGGCUCAUGCCAAUACAGCAUCCAGCACCUGUCUACAGAGUUGUAGACUUUUGUGACCAUAGAUGGCACUGUGGCAAAGAGUAACAAAAUAUUCAACUUCUUUAAAGUGAAAAAAUAAAAAGUACAAAUUCAUUAAUUAAUUCAUCUUCAGUAACUGCUUUAUACCAGUCAAGGUCAUGAUAAAUCCAUAGCCUAUCCCUGGGAUCACUGGGCCCAUGUGGGACUAUGAUUUUAGGCAAAGAGCAAACAUUAUAUUCUGUGUCAAACUCAGGAAACUGGCAAUGGAGACCCUUGAAAUGCUUCAGCAAGCCUACAGCAAUGAAGCAAUGAACCAAGAGAGGUGUUUUGAGUGGCAUUUGCACUUCAAGAGGAGCAGAAGUCAGGGCAAACUGACAAUCCUGAUGCACAAUGCCUUCAGUUUCUUGGACAUUUUUGAGGGUUGUGCUCGUGAAGCACUUCAUGGGUCUCUGUUGCCGAUUUCCCAAAUUUGACGCAGAAUAUGAUGUCUGCUCUAUGCUCAAGUUUUAGGACCAUGGUAAAAUUGUAAAUGCGCACAUGUCAAAAAUGUGUGUAACAGAGGUGCCGAUGUUGACAGCACAACAUCACGUGGCAUAUUGACUCAUUAAGUUACUGUUCACGCCUGCUGCAUGCAUGAACAUGCCACACUCUGUUUGUUCACAACAGGAACAGUCUCAGAACUUUUUGAUCACACCUCAUGCUACUGCUGCUACUACUACUACUACUAAUAAUAAUCCAUCCAUUAUCUGUAGCUGCUUAUCCUGUCCUACAAGGUUGCAGGCAAG